CUUGUUGAUGCUCACGACCGCGUUGUUGCAGUCCUUGGUGGCGUCCCUUUUGCGAAGGACAAUGAAUGGGAGACAGUGGAAGCUGAAGCUACUGCUGCUGCUACGCGUUGCCGUGAAUCUAGCACCUUCACUGAAGCACAGAAACAUGGUCGACGCGGAGAUUUUGCCUCUCGGACAGUUGGGUAUGGCUACGGCAAUGGGCGGCGAAAACCACAGAACUAUAGAGUCUCUGGCAAGGCUAAUCAGAAAGCUAUACAAGAGCUUCUUCAGAACAAGGCGAUCCGGCGCAUCUCGGGCUUUCAAAACGCUCUCUUCAACACCUUCUGCCACAAAAACUAUGUUGAACACGUGGAUACAAACGACGAGCUGCUCUACAAACAGCCAGAGCUCCGAGCCAACUUCCCGAAAACUGCCUUUGCUGCCACAACCUUCAACCUUGGACCCCUCUCAUUUUCACCGCCUCACAUGGACCCUGAUAACCGCGCCUCCAGCUGGUGUGCCGAUACCACCAUGGGACCCUUCGACCCUGACAAAGGUGGCCAUCUUGUGCUUUGGGACCUGGGGCUCAUCAUCCGCUUUCCUCCUGGCUCCACCAUUCUUUUUCCCUCUGCGCUUAUCACUCACUCUACCAUCCCCAUCCAAGCACAUGAGGCCCGCUACGUGAUGAUACAGUACUCUUCCGGUGGUCUUUUUCGAUGGCGCAACAACGGGUUU